CCUGCAGCCAAUCAGCGGCCACAAUACUGACCAGCAUGAGGCAGCAAGGCAGUGAGGCAUGUAGUUGAGAACGCGCCAUCUCUUAGCAGGACGCCACCAAUGCGACAAGCAGCCAUCAGGACGGGAAUCAGGAUUGCCAUCGUUCCCAACAGCAACACCUAUCACCCAUCGUUGCGCCAUUUUUGGAGGUUUCCUUUGAUAAGACGGCUUCCGUUAGGCUUUUUCGAGCCUGUCCGCUAUAAUAACAAGAACCCCUCUUAUCUUGUCCCAGCCAGUUCUUGGAAUUCGACAUUCGUUGCUGCCUCGUCGAUUACGUAGGUGGUGCCAGGAGCUUCACCUGCUGCUCGAUCCGGAUCGUUAUCACGACUGGAUUUACGAUUGAACGUUCCAAGAUCUAGAAGGGCACGAGAUACAUACAUAAUGACGAGAAGGGUGGUAUAUGGCAUUGGAUUAUGGGUGGUCCUAGCAGCCACCGCGAUGACCAUCGCGAGCAUUAUCCUCCCUGAAUGGAUAACAUAUGAAUCUGGCAGCAACACCGACGACCUCAUCCACUACAGCUACGGCCUCCAAUCCCGCUGCUCCUCCAUCUCCGGCACCUGCUCCCCCUUCCCCCAAUACGAAGACUGCCAGGGCGCCGGCCGCUCGUUCUGCAGCAUGUGGCGCAGCGUCGGCUUCCUCAUGUCAUUCGCCGUGAUCCUCGAGUUCGCGUGCGUCGUCGCCUACGCGGUGAUCAUCCUCGGGGGGAAGGGCAUGCGGGAUUACGGGUGGAAGAUCGUGACAGGGUUGUUGGGGCUGGGGGCAAUGGUGCAGUGUGCGGGGAUGGCGAUUGUGGCGUUCUUGUAUGACCAUGAUGCGCGGUUUUUCCUGGGUUGGCGGCUGGAUACGUCGUGGAUCCUUUGCACGGUUAGCUGGUCGGUGUUACUCAUGUCUGCCGUCGGUGUGGCGGCGGCGGGCUGGUGUCUCCCGGAAGAAGGGGGCUACGAGCUCAUUCCGUCCGACGAUUCGUGAGUCUGCGACUCGCUUUUCAUACUUUUGGUGUGUUACAUCUGGACAGUUGUCGAUGUGGCGUUCGAGCGGUUCUGGGACUUUUAUCGCGCUUAAUACCCGGUGGCAACAAUACCCACGUGGAGAGGAGGAUGUAUGAUAUAUCCCCAAAUCUCGGAUUUUACCCUUAAUCGAAAUCACAUACCUACUCUCACUGCGGCACCGCCGCCCCAUCCCCCCUCGGAUCACUCCCCGCACUAUACACCACCUGCUCCCCCUCCCAAUGCGCCCUAAUCACCUGCCCCCUCCCAAACAACCCCCUCCCGUACCCCCCC